GUUUCAAGCUCAACUAAUUAAUUUUAAAAAUAAACUCAUCACAUAAAGCUUUUACAUAAGAGAAAACGUUUGUUUUUAUUGAAAUAUGUUUAUAGAAAGGUGUGAAGUGGUUUCAAGCCUAUUUCGAAAGUGUGUGAUGUGAUGUGCUAUAAAAAUGGGUGUGCCGUGGAUCUUGGCCGCAAGCUUGGGUCUCUUUCGCCAAAAGGAGAUGUAGCGGGAAAAAAAACUUCUAACAGAAAAAUGGGCUGCUUUUUCAGCAAAGACAAGCUCACCAAGGAGGACAUGGACUUCCUCAAAACUCAUACAUCUUACGACGAGACCACCAUCAAGGAGUGGUACAAGGGCUUCAAGCAAGACUGCCCUAACGGGAGGCUGACGCCAGCCAAAUUCGUCGACAUGUAUAAGAUGUUUUUCCCAUCUGGUAACGCAGUCGAAUUCUGUGAUCAUGUUUUCAGAACAUUCGAUAUGGACAAGAAUGGAUACAUAGAUUUUAAGGAGUUUCUCCAAGCUAUCCAUGUGACAUCCAGCGGAACUCCCGAAGAAAAGCUUAAAUGGGCUUUCCGUAUGUAUGACGUUGAUGGGAACGGAGUAAUUGAUAUUCAGGAGAUGACUAAAAUAGUCCAGGCUAUUUACGACAUGCUGGGUGCCUGCUCAAGUAACAGGCCCGCUGAUUCUGCCGAAGAGCGCGCCAAGAACAUCUUUGCGAAAAUGGACGAAAACAACGAUGGACAGCUUACACAGGAUGAAUUUCUGAAGGGCUGCCUCCAGGACGAGGAACUUUCCAAAAUGUUGGCGCCUUAAAUUGGCGCUUUUUCUCUUCACAUCCCUAUUUUCUAUAAUACCUCAAACAAACCCCCUCCCCAUUUCAAUGUUUCUCUGUGCUAUAUAAUCUAUGCAUUUAUGUUGCCUGGUUCGAUUAUCGCAUAGGUAUAAUAAUAAUUACGUCUAUGAAACAUUUUUGAAAUAUUUGGUAUUUAUUUCGGCGUAACUAAGUCGAUUGCAAGCUAAUUAACGAUGAAAAUAAUCUUUAAAACACUUAUCGAUUCAACGAUCUUAUAAUUAACGAAUAACUUACUUACUGAUUUCCAUCUUUUACUAUAGAGUUUUAUCAAAAUUAACAUUUAAAUUAUUUAAAGAGCUUUAGUAAAAAAAAAACAUUAUUAUUAUGUCUUAUAUUUAGAGGGCAUAAUAUGUGUAUUUAAUAUACUUACCAGUAACAUUAUUACUAUACAAACAUUUUUUUGAAAGAUAUUGUAUGAAAACAUUCAAAUUGAAUUCCUAUGGAUUUUCGUUGUUGACAUAGCUCAACGGUUUUCAAAUCGUUCCGCUUGCGCUCGUGUGAAAUGCAAACUGCAUGGUCGUAAAUAUCCGAUCUAAAUAUGAAACGCUGACAUAUACAUAAUAUAUCCAUGUUGUCGCAAAUCGAACUCUGAUCUAAAUGUGUAUGCGAUACGUUUGAUCUGCAGUCUUUGCUUUCGAUCAACCUAAAUCUCGGUUCUAAAAGCAGCACGAUCGAUACAUGUUUAUCAACGCACGAUAGUAUUGUUUGCAUCAAUCUAUACACGCCCGAAUUUAAUAGAAAUAACUUUCAAGACACUCCAUUUUAAAUUAAAUGAUUAUAAUAUGAUUAUUUGA